GCCUGGGUGGUGCAGUUGGUUAAGUGUACAGCUCUUGGUUUCAGCUCAGGUCAGGGAGGCUCAUCCCAUCAAGAGCCCCCCUCAUUGCCCGUCACCCUUGACCUGUUUAUCUAAUUCAGUUUAUUUUAACCAAAUUGCCUGAGGCUCUGUUUGAAUAUGGCUAUACAGUUCUCAUACACUCCAUUUCUGGUCUGAUAUAGCUUAUGGUAUACUUCUUACUGCUGCUAGCACAGAGACAGUUUUGGCCUAGACUCUUUGUAACCUAUAUCAUUGUUUAAGAUCUUUCCUGGCAAGCAUUCCUUCUAGGCAUGGUCCUACAUAUUUGCCAGACCUGUCUUACUUCCUUGAUGCUGGCUAACCCAAAGUUCCUUCCUUUCCAUCUUUAGUAUUAUAGGCAGAUGGGGUGGGGAUUGGAAAUCAUAAUGAUAACUUGAUGAUAGCUAGGAUUAGGGAGUGCAUACUAUAUGCCAGGCAUUGAUCUAAGCACUUUACACAUAUUAACUCAUGUAGUACUCAUAAAAAUGCUAUGAACUAAAUACUGUUAUAAUCCCCAUUUUACACAUACAGAUACAAGAGGUUAAGUAACUUGCUUAAGGUCAUAUAAUCAAUAUUUUCUGGAAUCAUCAGGAAGUAUUCAUCAUAUAGUUGUCACCAAUAAUACAUGAGCAGAAAUUGUCAUUUAUAACUAUUAAUACCAUAGGAGACUAAUCCCUAGAGUUUGAAGGCCAUCUUGACUUAGGAAAAUCCUUUUCUGGUUUCCUUCUACCCCUCAUAGGGCUAAACAAUCCUAACAAAAGCUGUUGGCCACAAAAUCUGCCUUUGAAACCAUAAAAUGCACUGUAGGGAACUACUCUCAUGCUCACAAGGCACUUCUAGGCACUAAAUGGGGACAUGUUUUUUAAAGCUUAAUUUUAAGAUCACCUAUAUUCCAGGAAGUUCUGGGUGUCCUGGUGCCCGUAUUACAUGCUGUGCGAUCUUUUAUUGUGAGAACUUGGACCUUAUGGCCCCUACUCAACAGCAGUAGCAGGCAGUUGGAACUCCUGAACAGCUGUACCUCAAGCCUGAUGUGACUCAGAGGAGUGGUACAUGCAAUGAAGGAGGCCUCUUAGAUCAUAAUGACUAGCUUUAUGUAUCCACCUGCCUGGGUAGCCAGGUAGACCUGGGGGUUCUAACUUGAUCUUGAUUCUGCACUGGUGAACAAAAUGAGGCUUAAAUAAACCAUGAGCUCAGUCUGUGGUGACCUCUGAGAAUUGUGAAUCUGCCACAGUGCUUCCAUGCAGUACAAUAUCUAUGACACCUGUGCCCAGAAAAAUAUCACUCAGGAUCAGUUUCCUCAGCAAACGUAGGGAGAACGGAUCUUCCUGUGUGGUGGGGUUACAUCCCAAUAAACCUAUUGUACAAGAAUACACAGUGAAAAGGCAAUCUUGCACCCUGUUACCCAGCCAUUCUCUGCACUUCCUCAGAAGAGAGAGAGAGCGCUCACAAGCAGGGGGAAUGGGAGCAGGAGAGAGAGAAGCAAGCUCCCUGGUGUUCCCUGGGAAGGAGGAAGGACUUUAGAAGAGCAGAUAAAGUCAAGCAUACAGGCAUCAUUCACAUAUCUGUCAGAAAAUUAUGGAAUUAAAAAAAAUCUCUUCAGGCCAAAGUUAACCUGUUUGAAACUGACCACUGGGAGUUGGCCUUCUGUCUAAAGUUUUGGCUAUUCAUGUGCUCCCAGCUGCCCAAUCAGGUCCUGAAGAACAUCAGCAUCAUUGACAGCCCUGGAAUCCUGUCUGGGGAGAAGCACCACAUCAGCCGAGGUCCCAGAAAAUGCUCAGGGAUUCAGUUUCCGCACGUGGAGCUGUGGAUGGAGCGCUCAAUGGAUCAGGGGUCAAAGCAGAUGGGUUCAUCUUCUGGUUCUGCCACUUUGUUGCUGUGUGACCCUGGACAUGCUGCCCAGCCUGUGCACUGCAGUGAAACCACCUAAAAUAGAGGGGAAAGAGGGACUGGCAAGAAUUAAAGAGAGAUCAUUUGGAACAGCACGCAAACUCCAGAACAGGAAGAGCUGACAUGAGAGCUCUGGAAAGAGAUUUUUAUACCUUAGAGCAAUGCACCAUUUACCAGCAUAGAAAAGAAGGAGCGGUAAACUUUUUUAAGUGGGAAGUGGAAGAAGGCAAUGGAGCGAGAAAAAGGCGGGAAAAGUAUACCAGGGCUGCAGAUGCCCUCAGAGGCACACCUGUUUAGGGAAGACUAUGAGCAGAAACUGAGGACCUGGAAAUUGAUUCCUUUGAAACGAACCACUCACCAUCCUCUACCUUCUGGAAAGUAUCUGCAUAUCUGAACUACCUGCAUGUUAACCGCAUGCCCCCCCGCCCCACAUGCCAAGGGGAGAAACUGGAUCAGAUGGCAGUAACCAAGCACUGCUCUCUGUUCUCAUUGCUCUCGACCUACAGCCUCUUCAAGGUCUUCCAGAGUCAUUCUGGAGCUGCUGGGGGUAGCUUUCUUGUGCUCACAAUGAACUCCUACUCACCCUUCAAAUGUUGGUGUAACCCCUCCCUUCAGGACGCCUUCUCUUUUCUCCAGAGGCCUUGGGAGAUUUUUGCUACCUCCAUGCACUCACUAUCUUGGGAUCUGAGUCAUAAUCGGUUGUCUAACUGGAACAUCAGCUUGGAAUCUGAAACGUUACGAGAAGUGAAAAUGAAUUAUAAUGAGCUAACAGAAAUCCCAUAUUUUGGAGAACCAACCUCUAAUAUCACUCUACUCUCAUUAGUCCAUAAUAUAAUCCCAGAAAUAAAUGCAGAAGUGUUUCAGUUUUACCCUGCUCUCGAGAAUUUAGAUCUCAGUUCAAAUAUAAUAUCAGAAAUUAAGACGUCUUCAUUUCCUCGAAUGCAGCUUAAAUACCUAAAUUUGAGUAAUAAUAGGAUAACCAUCUUAGAGGCUGGUUGCUUUGAUAAUUUAUCUAGUUCCUUACUAGUGGUAAAAUUAAACAGGAACAGAAUCAGCAUGAUUCCACCCAAGAUUUUCAAGCUACCUCACCUUCAGUUCUUGGAACUUAAGAGAAACAGGAUUAAAGUGGUGGAAGGUCUGACAUUCCAAGGGCUUGACUCCUUAAGAUCUUUGAAGAUGCAGCGGAAUGGUAUUAGCAGACUUAAGGAUGGAGCUUUUUUUGGCUUGGAUAACAUGGAAGAAUUAGAACUAGAGCAUAAUAACCUUACAGAAGUGAACAAGGGGUGGUUGUAUGGCUUGCGAAUGUUACAACAGCUCUAUGUGAGCCAGAAUGCUGUUGAAAGAAUCAGCCCUGAUGCAUGGGAGUUCUGCCAAAGACUAUCUGAACUUGAUUUGUCCUAUAACCAGUUGACACGCUUGGAUAAAUCUGCCUUUGUGGGUCUAAGCUUACUGGAAAGACUGAAUUUAGGGGACAACAGAGUCACUCACAUUGCUGAUGGUGUAUUUAGGUUUCUUUCCAAUCUUCAGACACUAAAUUUAAGAAACAAUGAAAUUUCAUGGGCCAUAGAAGAUGCAAGUGAAGCUUUUUCUGGACUCACAAGUCUCACUAAAUUAAUCUUACAAGGAAAUCAAAUUAAGUCAAUUACAAAGAAAGCAUUCAUUGGUCUUGAAUCCCUUGAGCAUCUAGAUUUGAACAACAAUGCUAUAAUGUCUAUCCAAGAAAAUGCUUUUUCUCAGACUCGCUUGAAAGAACUGAUUCUGAACACAAGCAGUUUACUCUGUGACUGCCAUUUGAAGUGGUUGCUUCAGUGGCUGGUUGAUAAUAACUUCCAGCAUUCUGUGAAUGUAAGCUGUGCACACCCUGAAUGGCUGGCAGGGCAAAGCAUCCUGAAUGUGGAUCUGAAAGAUUUUGUUUGUGAUGAUUUUCUCAAGCCACAGAUAAAAAUGCAUCCUGAAACUACAAUUGCUCUAAGAGGCACGAAUGUGACUCUGACGUGCAGUGCAGUGAGCAGCAGUGAUUCACCCAUGUCUACUGUGUGGCGCAAAGAUGGUGAAAUCCUGUAUGACAUCGAUAUUGAGAAUUUUGUUCGUUAUCAGCAGCAAGCUGGAGAAGCUGUAGAAUAUACAAGUGUCUUACAUCUGUUCAAUGUGAAUUUCACAGAUGAAGGAGAAUAUCAGUGCAUCGUUACUAAUCACUUUGGUUCUAAUUAUUCUAAUAAAGCCAAACUGACUGUGAAUGAGAUGCCAUCUUUCCUGAAAACGCCAAUGGAUCUUACUAUUCGCACUGGUGCCAUGGCCAGAUUAGAGUGUGCUGCAGAGGGGCACCCUGCACCUCAGAUUUCCUGGCAGAAAGAUGGUGGCACUGACUUCCCUGCGGCUCGAGAGAGACGCAUGCACGUCAUGCCUGAGGAUGAUGUCUUCUUCAUUGCCAACGUGAAAAUAGAAGACAUGGGAAUCUAUAGCUGCAUGGCACAGAACAUAGCUGGGGGUCUCUCUGCAAAUGCCUCACUCACAGUAUUAGAGACACCCUCAUUUAUCAGACCCCUGGAGGACAAGACAGUAACCCGAGGUGAAACUGCAGUAUUACAGUGCAUAGCUGGAGGGAGUCCUUCCCCUCGCCUCAACUGGACCAAAGAUGACGGGCCACUGCUGGUGACAGAACGGCACUUCUUUGCUGCAGCAAAUCAGCUUCUCAUCAUUGUUGAUGCUGGCCUGGAAGAUGCAGGGAAAUAUACCUGCAUUAUGUCUAAUACCCUUGGGACAGAACGUGGUCACAUUUACCUAAAUGUCAUUUCAUCUCCCAAUUGUGACUCUUCCCAGAGUAGCAUUGGGCAUGAAGAUGAUGGCUGGACCACAGUUGGCAUUGUCAUCAUUGUUGUGGUUUGCUGUGUUGUGGGCACCUCUUUGAUCUGGGUCAUUGUUAUUUACCACAUGAGAAGGAAGAAUGAAGACUAUAGUAUCACAAACACAGAUCUCUCUUUUACAGAGGAGCUUAAUCUGCCUGCAGACAUUCCCAGCUACUUGUCUUCCCAAGGAACACUGUCGGAGCCACAGGAAGGCUACAGCCACUCUGAGGCAGGCAGUCAUCAGCAACUUAUGCCUCCUGCUAAUGGAUAUUUACACAAGGGCACUGAUGGUGGCACUGGUACCCGGGUUAUUUGCUCCGAUUGCUAUGACAAUGCCAAUAUCUACUCCAGGACCAGAGAAUACUGUCCAUACACCUAUAUUGCUGAGGAAGAUGUUCUAGAUCAGACACUGUCCAACCUCAUGGUCCAGAUGCCCAAGGAGACAUACUUGGCACAUCCUCCCCAAGAUGCCCCUACCCUGGAGAGCCUGAUAUUGGCAGCAGACAGAGAGAUGGCUUCCUUUCCCACCAACCAUGAGAGGAUAAAUGAGAAGAAACUUCCCUCCACACAGAUGAGCAGUGAAACAUUGCAGCGGCCUCUGUGGAACAUAAGCAAAGAACUAGGCCUGCCUCAUCCUCCGUUUUCCCAGCAGCCAGUCCUUGAGCGACCACAACUCCAUCAAAAUGAAGGUCUGGCAGAGAGUGGCCCAGACUGUUCCACUUCUCCCAUGCCCUGUUACAGGUUGCACGACCACACUUUUGAUUUUAGUAGGACUCGGAACAUUCAGGAUGGUGGAGAGGGCACAUGAAACUCACUCCAGAAUGAAAUCUGAGCAAAGACUCAAGUUAGUUAAUUUUGUAUUUACUACCUCAGAGUUCAGAAGAAACCCUAGAGUCAGCAUUUGCUUUACCCUGCCUACAAUUACAUCUGACCCCACCAAGGUGGGCCAGGCAUUUGUUUGGGCUUACUCCUGAUGAAGAAGGGGAGACGGCUGACAGAAAUGGGUAUAUCUAAUAAAAUGUGUGCAGCACGGCAAAGGAAAAUACAGGACAAACGUGCUUCCUGAUGGUUCCACAGGGAUGUGCCCAGCUGUGCGUUGCCUAUUAGGGAGAGUCUUUAUUGCUGCUUAACAUGCUGGGUUGUCUCAACCUGCAGAAUGAUUCUGAGAAAACAUCACUGUUCUAGUGUCUUCCAAGGAACAGAAAUAACUCUGGAGCCCUCUGGGAAGUGUGUCUGGGAUUCUUCAGUGGUUUUAAGCAUCUAAUUGAGACUGGCGCUUUGAUAUUCAAGGUCUUUGACAAGAAUUCUGGACUUGAUCAACUGUUACCACAUUAAGGGGUUUUGUAUUCUUGUGAAUGAUUAUUUUUUUUUUUAUCCCUGUCACCCAGGGAUCCCAUUGUAAAUAUAUGUACAUUUAUAAAUAAUUUUUGUAUUCAUUCACCAUAUGUCGAUGCAUUGUAAAUAUUUUUGAUAUGCCAAAAUUAUAUAUAAUAUCCAGUUAUAAUAUUGACAACAGCUUCUCAGACCACAGAAUUUGUAUAACGUGGUUUAGUGAACCUAAAAACUUUGUUUAAAGUUUUAAAAAUGUGUUUGUUAAGGAGUAUAUGUAUAGAGGCAGGAUACUUAGUGAUUUCAUACACAUAAACACACAGUCUUGGUGUAAUUAACCACUUUCUUCAUAACUAAAAGUUCAUACAUUUAGUCAUUUACCAUCUGUUUACAAGUGCCAGAUAAUAUUACUUUUCUAGCAUAAAAAGACUCAAAAGCCUAGCAGUCUUGUCAUAGUCAUGUGCACAUGGACAAAGGAAAAUUUCCUUUGGGAAUAUCUUCUUUCAGCAAAGUACUUAGUUGAUGAGGAAACCAAAGAUUGCUACUUUUCUGUUAAUUUUUUUAUUUUUUUAUUUUUUUAUAUCUCUUCUACCAAGGCACAGUGUAUCUUAAGAAGGGAAGAGUGCUUUUGGGAGUAAGUCAAAUGUGCACAAAUGCUUAUACUCUAAAGCUUUAGUGUUUUCCUUGUUUUAUACAAGUGAUUAUUUCAGCCAAAAAGUUCUCUUGAAUUUCUGAUAGGAAAAGCUUUAUGUAAACAAAGGAUUUAAUACUCUCCUAGAAUGUAAAGGACUGAAGUUCUUUUUUUUCUUUGUGCUUUCAGAUUUCCUUACCUAGGCUAUCAGAUUCUGUCCUCUCAAUUUAGUGAGUACCAGUCGCAUACUGGAUAACUUGCAUCAUUUAAAUGAAAAUAUCUUUUUCUUAGUUAUUGUGCAUUUCAGGGGCUCUAGACUCACAUAUCUUUCCUUUUUGCCAGAAAGUUGAAUUGCAUACUAGUUUUCAAUCUUAGCUUUUUCUCCCAUAGGCAGUUGCAUCGCUUUAGCUGUUUUGUACCACCAAGCCAUUCGCUCUUUGCUUUUUUAAACUGUCGGCCUCUGUUUAUUUUUACUUUGAACUUCUUAAAUAUCACUAUUUUCCUAUCUUCUCAACUUGUGGUUCCUCUUCUUCCUUACUAGGUUGUACUGUAAUCUGUACAGGACUGACUUGGAAUCAGGAGACCUGAUUUUGUUCCCAGCUCUGCUCCUUACUGGCUGUGCAAUCAGGGGCAAGUGUCUUCUCAGCCUGAUUUUCUCAUUUAUGAAAUGAGGGCAUUCUGCUAGAUGCUCUUAAGCCCUUUCCAGCUGUAACAUUCUGUGAAUCUGUGAUCCCUCCAGGAACCAAGGAGGAUUAUGCUACUCUAAUAAAAAGCUGCUUUCAUGAAAUGUUUGUUAGAGUAACAAGAGUGAUGUUGCUUACUCUGACUUGAGCCAGAUUCACUUCCUCCAUAGUAGGAGGAACAGUGUAAGAAAUACUCAGGAGGAGAAGAGCUAUUCUGUUUUGAAACCAUCUCAGUAAACAAGGAAUCUUGACUCAAUGGAAACUACCGAUUGCUCUAUAGAGCAGCAGGUCUGAAUGCUAAUGCUGCCACAUGCCAGAGCAGCAGAAUCAUUUGAGGGGUGCGCAGUGACUGAUUUGCAGCUAGCUUGUGACCCCUAACCUUUCAAAUGUAUCCACUCAUACAGGUUAUCUUGUGACUGUCCUCUCCUUUCACUCAAAUUCUGACGAACUUUUCUUGAAUGAAAAGGUGUAGUUAGAGCGAGGCUGCAGGUGAACAUUAGCUGUCAUGGGUGACAGGACUGCAAAGCAGGCUGUGAACCAAUGUUCUAGGAAACUUAGACGACAGGAGUGCUGCCUCUGCUCUAGCAGUGGUCCUGCUCCUCCUAUGACUGUCAGAAUCUGGGCUCCUGAAUGACCAGUUUCUCUCUAAUGUCAACUCAAAUGACUGAGAUGUCCUUCCAGAUGCCCUUAGCUUGCUGAAGUAACUAAAAGACUAGUCCAGAGUUUGUUUAAACGUGAAGAGCCUACCCCAGGUCUUAAAAAAAUAAAAAUAAAUGUAAUAAAUUCUAAUCUUAGGAGAAGAAAUUCCUGAAGUUUUUCAUUAUUGCAUGUUUUUGACCAAGCAGUGAUUUUUCCCUCUACUGUAAACAGGGUUAGUGGCUCAUCAGUGUUUUCCCAGCAAUGUGAUGUCUGCCUCUUUAAUCAGGGACAUUGCAAGCAAGGCAAACUAAGAUGCCAAGAGAACUACUCUGCCCCUCACCCAGUGGUAAUCGCAUAUCGGUAGGGUUACAUAAAUCCUCUUAAUUUGUGCCCCUCUCAGGCUGAUUGUUCAAGUCUACCUGGAAGAAAUAGCAUCUUCUUUAACUCACACCCUACUGGCACAUGGUCUAUACCCAAGCCUUUGGCUUUCUGUCAUUCAUUCAGCAGCUUCUAAAGCACUUUCCCUAGUUGUACAGGUUGCUCUAUGGGAUUCGAAGUAUCAGAAACCCUCUAAUGUGCCCUCUCACAGUGUUUUAUGUGUAUUUUUCUGAAAGGUAACUUUCAUAUUUAAAAAUAGUUGCCUUCUCACUGCCCAUGGUGGUGCUAUAAAAGCAACAGUAAGACGUCAAGCAGCAUAGACUCUGUUACCUAUUUUCCUAAAAGAUGGGAGAUAUGAUUAAAGCCUUUAAUUAAAGUGUUGCCAAGAAACAGGAUUAGUCACUCUGUAUUCCUGAGGAUGGGUUAUGUCUGCCCCUGUUCUGUGGGGCAGAACUUAACAGGGAGGUGCAGUAUACACUUGCCAGUGAUUCUGUAUAAAUUAAUUCUCCAACAGGUUUGUCCGAUAAUUAGAAUAAUCAGCAUUUUGUGGGAAAAGUACGCAUGGAGGCUAAAUCAUUUUAGUAGCAUUGAAGAAAUGUCUACAUUGAGAAUGGAAUGAGCAAGAUGACUUUUAGGUCUCAGUUUUAUCAUUGGAAAUUUCCAGAAGCAAUCCAACAGUUCUAAAACUUUUUUCCUUCAAAAUCCUUUAUAUGCCGUAAGUAUAGAGCACUUAAGAAAUUUUUUUCAGCUAAAGAGUUUUGGUUUUUGGUUAACAGAAGAAGCCUCUCCUGGGUUAAUGGCUGAAAACAUGAAAGUCUGGGCUUAUCUAAAGUCUAUAACUAGUUACACAAAUGGCAUUACCAUAAUAAAAACUUUAAUAACUUAUAUAUUAUAACCCUCCUUUUUACUCUUUAAUUUUUAUUCCUGUUUCUUCUUAGCAGGACUCCAGUUGGAAUGGGGUUGGAAUUGUGGUGUUUAGCCUUUCACCCAGUAUAUAACUCAAGUGCGUUCUAGCCUUUUCCAGUCAUUUUAAUAUCCACAGAAAUUGGGCAGCCCCGGUGGCUCAGCGGUUUAGUGCCGCCUUCAGCCCAGGGUGUGAUCCUGGGGACCCAGGAUUGAGUCCCACAUCAAGCUCCCUGCAUGGAGCUGCUUCUCCCUCUGCCUGUGUGUCUGCCUCUCUCUGUCUCUGUUUCUCAUGAAUAGAUAAAUAAAAUUUUUUAAAAAGUCCACAGAAAUUCUAGGAGGUAAUGGAGCAACAGAAGUAAAUAUACUGCAAUUUUUUGCUAUGUGCUCCAUUUCUGAGUUUGCUUCUUAAUGCAGAUUACAGAGGUAAUUGUGUGGGCCUUAAAAGGUUGAGCUGAGAUUUUUGGCAACAAAAAUGCAGGGAAUGUCUCAUUCUUCUAUGAUAUGUUCUCUUUCCCAGUUCAGUCUGGCAGAUGUCCUCCCCUCCUGCUUCUAACUUAGAACUGUUUUGUUUAGAGUACAGUCUAAACCAACAUCAGUUAGCCUUCUUUUUUUUUUUUUUUUUUUUUUCUUUUUUGGACAACUGCCUGAUUUGUUGACAAAAAUAACUUAAGUUCUAAAUUAAGAGAUAAUAUUACAAGCUGCUCCAUACAAAACAACACCUGCAAGCCCACGAAUCAUCUGAAGAUUUUGUGGGUAAUAAGAGGUAGGGAUAUAUGUGUGUGUAGGGAUAUAUGUGUGUGUCUGUGUGUAUGAGAAUAAUAUUUGGACGUGCUCCAAAGUUGUGUGUUGAGUAUUUCUUAGCAGUCCUAAUAAUCUCCACCAAUGGGUGGGGUGGGGUGAUGAUGAAAAAACAACUUGAUUUGAGCCUGUUUUUAGAUAUAAAGAGUAAAGUGAUCUUUUAUCAACUCCCAACUGUUUUGAAAGAGAAUUGAUCAUCAGGUGGUCAAGUGCUCUUGGAAUAUCUCUUGGCUACUUAAAGUGGCCUCUUGAUCCAUAGACUAUUUCUACCUACUAUUUCUUCUGUUCCCCCUUUCUCCCAUCAGAGGACGUCAGUCUGAGCAGCCCUGGUACUAGACGUACCAAAAGAGAGUUAUAAGCCAAGUUGUUCCGUGUGGUCCUUCCCUAGUAUCUAUUUAUAUUUUCUCACACAUGAGAAUGUAUAUUUUAUAAGGCAUGUGUUUGUCUACCUGUCUGUCUACUGUACUAUGUCUCCAAUAAAGCUAAAAUACAUUACGA